CUUUGUUUUCAGUCAGGCAUUGGGAUUGGGCUUCGCAUUUGUUUCCUCUGUCUACACUCUGUGGUGUGAAAAAUUGGUAUUUUCGAAGAAAAAUAAAAUUUAAGAGAAAAGAUUUUCUAUUUUCUGCAAGCAAGACAUAUUUUUAAGUACUUAAAAACUUAAUUUUUAACAAACAAAAAACAAACAACACAAAAAUGUCAAGAAACGCAUCACAUGCUGGUAGCUGGUACUCAGAUAAAUCUACAGAACUAUCACGCCAACUUGACCGUUGGCUAGGGGGUGCUGAGCUUUCACAUGGACCUGCCCGGGCGAUUAUCGCACCUCAUGCAGGGUAUGCGUACUGUGGUGCUUGUGGAGCAUAUGCCUAUCGACAAGUUAGUCCAGCAGUUGUUAAACGAAUAUUCAUUCUUGGACCAUCACAUCAUGUCCGACUACGUGGAUGUGCCCUAUCCAUAGCUAAUAAAUAUAAAACACCUUUAUAUGAUCUCAAAAUAGAUCCCCAAAUCAAUUCUGAAUUGGAAAAAACUGGACACUUUUCAUGGAUGGAUAUGAAAACCGAUGAAGAUGAACAUAGUAUCGAAAUGCAUUUGCCAUACAUAGCCAAAGUAAUGGAAGAUUUCAAAGAUCAAUUCACUAUUGUGCCUAUUUUGGUUGGAUCGUUGUCCCCAGAUCAGGAAGCUCUAUACGGCGAGCUUCUUGCUCCAUAUCUAACAGAUCCUCAAAACCUCUUUGUUAUAUCCUCUGACUUCUGCCAUUGGGGUCAGCGAUUUGGUUAUACAUAUUAUGAAAAGUCCUGUGGUUCCAUCCACAAAUCCAUCGAAAAACUAGACAAAGAGGGAAUGGACAUUAUUGAGACACUCAGUCCUACAUCCUUUACUGAAUAUCUUCGUAAAUAUAGCAACACCAUAUGUGGUCGUCAUCCAAUUGGUGUUUUGCUAAAUAGCAUAAAAGUUCUGCAAAAACAGGGCUAUAAUAUGAGCUUUAAAUUUCUCAAAUACGCACAGAGUAGUCAAUGCAGGGAUAUGAGUGAUUCUAGUGUUAGUUAUGCAUCUGGUUCACUUUUAUUUGAGUGUUAGUAGUUUAAAAAUUAAUGAACUAAGCGAUUUUAUUAGUUAAAGACAUUUCUAAUCACUAACCGCGCCGCGCCGUCUUAAGUUGUAAAAUUGAUAAAUUACAAUUUUUUGUUUUCUCCUUGAAAAUUUUCAUCAAUGUAUUUUUAGCAAUAUUUUCUAUCACAUUUUUCAAUCAUGUAUCUACUUUUUUUUUGUAAUAUCGAAGACGAGUAAUACUUAAAAAUAAUAUGAGUUAAAUAAAAAUUUGUUAAUUUUAAUUGUUUAACUAAACCGAAAUAAUAUAAUUAAUAAUUGAAGAUUAAA